AUGGCUGAGGUGGGACCAGUGACCACGCGGGCAAAUCAGGCAAUCAAUUCAUAUAAACACAAAGAAGAAUCUAACAUGAUUUCUCACCAUCUGAUUAAUCUCCACUUCAAUCAUAACAUCAAAAAUCAUUCUCACACGGUAGACAUCAAUGCAUCAUGGAGCUCAACAUUAGAUAAACGAAUCAUGUCCCUGCACGUGUUUGAGAAGAAAAAGGAAAACCAAAUGAAGAACACAGAGGCCAAGGAGCCAAUUGGUUCGACAGUUCGAGAAAUUCGAAGGCUUGUGCAGAAUAAUAUUACAAGGAACAUUUGCAUGGCAUCGUAA